AUGAAUGGAGUUGUAGAAGCCGCCAAUAAGAAUAUCAAGAAGAUUCUGAGAAAAAUGAUUGACAAUCACCGAGGUUGGGAUGAGAUGUUAUCAUAUGCUUUAUUGGGUUAUGGGACGACUGCCAGAACGUCGACUGGAGCUACGCCAUAUCUGUUAGUAUACGGAACUGAAGCAGUCAUAUCGGCUGAAGUCGAGAUACCGUCUUUGAGAAUCAUCCAAGAAGCAGAGCUGAGUAAUGCUGAAUGGGUUAGCAAGAGAAUUGAUCAGUUAAUUUUGAUUGACGAAAAGAAAAUGGUUGCCGUUUGUCAUGAUCAACUGUAUCGACACAGAAUGAUUCGAGCUCUCCACAAGAGGUUCAGAGCCAGGAUUUUUGAAAUUGGUGAGUUGGUACUUAAGCACAUUUUUCCUCAUCAAGACGAGUACAAAGGAAAAUUCACACCAAAUUGGCAAGGUCCUUACAUGGUUCGCAAAGUAUUAUCUAGAGGUGCUUUGGUCCUGUCGGAGAUGGAUGGCACCGCGUGGCCAAAACCAAUCAACUCAGAUGCUGUCAAGAGAUACUACGAGUGA